UAGCUUCAACUGACGUAUCCCAAACCCAUAUAUUAUCAUCAAUUCUUUGACAUUAGUGUGGAGUGUACUGUGGACUACUGUGGCCUCAAAAUCCAAAAUCUUGCUUUUGGUUCAACCCAACUCACUGAUCAUAACAAUCCAAAUAAUAUCUUCAACAAAUUCCAAAAGUUGUAGACCAAGUCAUUUUUUUUUCUGAUGAAAACCCAAUUCCCCAAAAUUAUCUUCCCACAUGAUCGAGUUUGAACGUUUGAAUAUGAUCAUUCCUUUAUCUGGGUAAUAUAAGUGAUCAUUAUUUUGUCUGUCUUACUAUAAAACCCAGAUAAAUUAAUAUCUUAGUAGCUAAAACAGGACAAAUUUGGUGGAAGUUAGGGGUUUGGUAGGAGGGUAUUGGGGAAGUUAAAUAUGGAUGGUUUGGUAAAAAACCCAGUUCUUGGAAAUGACGAAAUAAAAGAAGAGAUUGAAGAAGAGAGAAAAUUUGAGAGAGAGAAAGAAAUGGUUCCUGCUCCUGGGAAUAUCAUUCAUAGAUCAGGUUCACGCCCACAACUUGAUGUCAGUGGUGCUGCUAUUCAAGGAAAUUUUGAGGAAAGAGACCCAACUAUUUUGCUUCCAAAUCAAUCUGAUGAUAUUUCUCAUUUGGCUUUGGAUAUUGGAGGAUCUCUCAUCAAGCUUGCCUAUUUUUCAAGACACGAGGAUAGAUCUGUCGAGGAUAAGCGAAAGAGGUCAAUCAAGCAGAGAUUUGGCAUUCCCAAUGGUAAUAGGAGAAGUUAUCCAAUACUUGGUGGCAGACUCCAUUUUGUAAAGUUUGAGACUCACAAGAUAAAUGAGUGCCUUGACUUUAUCAAGUCGAAGCAACUACAUCGUGGAGGGAUGGUUGCUCGUUGUUGGCCUUCUGAUGCCUUGUCGAAUGAAAAUGUUGUAGUCAAGGCAACAGGAGGUGGAGCAUACAAAUUUGCGGACCUUUUCAAAGAAAAACUUGGUGUUAGUCUUGAUAAAGAAGACGAAAUGGACUGUCUUGUAGCUGGAGCAAACUUUUUGCUGAAGGCAAUUCGUCACGAGGCCUUCACGCAUAUGGAGGGUCAGAAAGAGUUCGUGCAGAUAGAACAGAAUGAUUUGUUCCCUUACCUUCUUGUAAAUAUUGGAUCUGGUGUUAGUAUGAUAAAGGUUGAUGGUGAUGGGAAGUUUCAACGUGUGAGUGGUACAAAUGUUGGAGGUGGUACAUAUUGGGGUUUAGGGAAGCUGUUGACCAAGUGCAAAAGCUUCGAUGAUCUUUUGGAGUUGAGCCAACGUGGAGAUAAUGGAGCCAUAGACAUGCUUGUUGGAGAUAUUUAUGGUGGUAUGGAUUAUUCCAAGAUUGGUUUGUCUGCUUCAACCAUUGCGUCUAGUUUUGGCAAGACUAUUUCCAAUGACAAGGAGCUUGAAGAUUAUAGGCCUGAAGAUAUUUCUCUUUCACUCCUGCGAAUGAUUUCAUACAACAUCGGGCAGAUAUCUUACUUAAAUGCUCUUCGCUUUGGCAUCAAACGCAUAUUCUUUGGAGGCUUUUUCAUCAGAGGCCAUGCAUACACAAUGGAUACCAUCUCCUUUGCUGUUCAUUUCUGGUCGAAGGGUGAUGCAAAAGCGAUGUUCUUAAGGCAUGAAGGAUUUCUUGGAGCUUUGGGCGCAUUUAUGAGUUAUGAAAAACAUGGUCUUGAUGAUGUGAUGGUCCACCAAUUGGUGGAACGAUUUCCUAUGGGUGCACCAUAUGUUGGGGGAAAGAUACAUGGCCCACCUUUGGGAGAUCUAAAUGAGAAGAUAUCAUGGAUGGAAAAGUUUGUAGAGAAAGGAACUGAAAUUAUUGCUCCUGUCCCAAUGAUCCCUCCUGGAACAACUGGACUUGGGGGCUUUGAAGCUCCUCUGUCAAGGGGAGAUACUUUGCGUUCUGAUGCGAGCAGCUUAAAUGUUGGGGUUUUGCACCUUGUUCCUACUCUGGAGGUGUUUCCUAUGUUGGCGGACCCAAAGAUGUACGAACCUAACACCAUUGAUCUCUCAGACCAUGGUGAACUAGAGUAUUGGCUUACAGUGCUGUCUGAGCAUUUACCAGAUCUUGUUGACAAGGCUGUUGCAAGUGAAGGAGGAACUGAUGAUGCUAAAAGGAGGGGUGAUGCAUUUGCUCGUGCAUUUUCUGCUCACUUGGCCAGGUUGAUGGAAGAUCCUGCUGCUUAUGGGAAGUUAGGACUAGCCAACCUUCUGGAACUAAGGGAGGAGUGCUUGAGAGAAUUCCAGUUUACUGAUGCAUAUAGGAGCAUAAAGCAAAGGGAAAAUGAGGCUUCCCUUGCUGUUUUACCUGACCUUCUAACGGAGCUUGACGGCAUGUCUGAGGAGGAUAGACUGUUUACCUUGAUUGAGGGUGUCCUUGCAGCGAACAUAUUUGACUGGGGAUCCCGUGCAUGUGUGGACCUUUACCACAAAGGGACAAUUAUUGAGAUUUACAGAAUGAGUCGCAAAAAGAUGCGGAGACCAUGGCGGGUGGAUGAUUUCGACAUUUUAAAGGAGAGAAUGCUUGGGUCUGGUGGCAAGAAGCCACCACCUCAUAAACGAGCAUUGCUCUUUGUGGAUAACUCAGGUGCAGAUGUUGUCUUGGGGAUGCUUCCCUUUGCUAGAGAGCUUCUUCGACGUGGAACUGAGGUCGUUCUGGUUGCAAACUCGCUACCUGCACUCAAUGAUGUAACUGCCAUGGAGCUUCCUGACAUUGUUGCAGAGGCAGCAAAGAAUUGUGAUAUUCUCCGCAGAGCAGCUGAAGCUGGUGGGCUUCUUGUAGAUGCAAUGAUAAACAUCCAAGACAAUUCUAAGGAAGAUUUGCCUUCAGUGCCCCUCAUGGUUGUUGAAAAUGGAUGUGGUAGUCCUUGCAUCGACUUACGACAGGUCAGCUCUGAGCUAGCUGCUGCUGCUAAAGACGCUGAUUUGAUUAUAUUGGAAGGCAUGGGCAGAGCUAUUCACACCAAUUUCAAUGCGCGAUUUAGAUGCGAUGCUCUAAAGCUCGCCAUGGUGAAGAACCAGAGAUUGGCAGAGAAGUUGUUGAAGGGAAAUAUAUAUGACUGUGUCUGCAGAUUUGAACCAGCAAACUGAAAGAAAGAUACACUCUUAAGAUUGCGUAGUGUGUUUUCGCUUCUCUUUUUGUUUCUUUGCUUUCUCCAUCUCUUUAAUUAUCAAAUGAAAUGCUUAUUGAAAGGACCUUAAUAGAGUUAGAACAUGUCUAUAAUAUAGAUGUCUGUUCUUUAUUGUUUAAAUAAUCAGAGUUUCGGAAUUAUAUAUAGAUGCAUGUGUUGUUUUUCUAAA